GAGACACUGCAGCUGUGUGACGCCACUCUAAUAAGCUGUACUUUCUUGGUUUCACUUUAUGUUGUAAACACAUUACAGGUUGUUUUCUUACACAGUGAGGUUUCCAUGUGAAUGAUAAACAGAAUAUGGCAGCUGAGUGGGACAUUGGCGACACUAAGUCAGAGUUAGUCUCCGAGGAGUCCUUCAACGAACCACUGGCAAAACGUCCUAAACUUGAGAAUGAGGAAAGCAGUGGUCAGAGGUCACAGGUCACAGCUGAUGGAGAUGGACAUAGCCUGAAACAUUCAGACACAGUGGAGUACAAUCUGGAGGGGGAAAUAGAGAGUAAAAAUAAUGAAGCUGAGGAGGUCGAAGAUAGGUCAGGAGUCGUGGACAAUUCUACCUUGAAUGGUACACAAGAGUAUAAUCUUGAAGGUGAGGUAGAGGAUAAAACUAAUGAUGUUGAGGAUGUCACAGAGAGGUCAGGGGUCGUUGAGGAUUAUACAGUCAGUGGUACACAAGAGAACAAUUUAGAGGGAGAGAACAAAACAAAUAAUGGCACUGAUGAGGUCACAGAGAGGUCAGAGGUCGUGGAGGAUUCGACCAUCAGUGGUACACAAGAGUAUAAUUUAGAGGGAGAGACAGAGCAUAAAAAUGAUGAUGUUCAGGAGGUCACAGCAAGGUCAGAGACAGUAAAUGAGACUGUUGAGGAUAAUGGAAAUGAUGACUUAAUGGCUGUACCAACUCUAACUAAAAUUCCAUCUGUAUUGCAAGAUGCUGAACUCAUAGCAGGAAUUGUGGAUGGGGUUGAUGUUGACUUGAUCUAUAACAAACUGAAGGAAAACAGAAGUAACCCAGGUCGUGUUGACCUGGUGACGAAUGAAAUACUGGAGGAGGCCGGACAUGCCCUAACUGCCUCUUCAACACCACAGCGGCUUGGACAGACAACAUCCACCUUCAUGGAGGAUUUUGUGUCUGUGAUUGACAAGUCAAUGGCAAACAUGGCCGCCUUGCCUCUAUCAGCCAAUGAGAUUCACCAGUUGUUACUGUCUGAGGGAGAUCGUGUGGACAGAGUGGACAGGGUUGUCAGUCAACUUCUGACCAAGCAUUAUAGUUCCCUGCUGACCACCCGUGAAGACUUUGCAGCAGACAUCAAGAAGGUCAUUGAAGUUAUGCCAGGGGCCAACCCCAAUGAAGUAUAUAAGUUGUUACAGGAAAGAGAAAACCAGGCCAACAGGGUAGACCUGGUGAUCAGCUUUUUACAGGGUCGAACGGUGACUCGGCUGGCCAGGCUGGACACACUACCUGAUGAUCCUGUCCUUCAGAGGGACCCACUGUACAGAGACAUGAGAAUAGUGGCUAAAGUGUUGCCUGAUAUGAACCCAAAUGAAAUAUAUGCCUACCUGGAGGCUCACAGUCAUCAAAAAAAUCGCAUCCAGUUGGUGAUUGAGGAGCUGAUGAGAAUUGUGCCGACCACUAGCACUCCCAGCAUUGAGAGCAGCAACACAAGCUCAUUGGAUGACUCGGUCCCCACAGGAAACAGGAUUGCUUACAGUAUUGGGGACGAGGUUGAUGAUCUGAAGGAAGUGUUCCCAGACUGUGACCCGACAUAUCUUUACGAUGAGUUGGAGAAACGACAAGAUGACAAGGACCGUGUGAAAAACCUUGCAUGGGCCAUGUUUGAAAACAAGGAUUACCCAAAACACACAGAAGUAAUGAAGGAGAAGGCAAAGGCCAAGGUAAGGGAACGAAUUGAAAAUAUGACUUUUGAUUUGAAGGAUUUUCUGUCAAAGUUUCCAGAUCCAUGUGCAACAUUUGAAGAUAAGGACAAGCCUAUGAAUGAGAAUUACAAACAACAUGUACAGGUACAGAUCAAGAAUGAUUUCAGGGAACUGAAGACGGGCUAUCUGAUGCAUGUCAUGAUACAAAACAAAUUCCACUACACUACUAGUAAAGCGGAGAUACAGGAAAAGACAGAGGGCCUUCCAGAGGGCUCUAUAAAGUUCAAACGCAAUCCCAGACCUGAGGAGCCGCUCCCUGCAGAACUUGACGAAUUUUUCUUCAAUGAAAAAAUGUUUGCUGCCAAUAAAAAACAAAGGCUAGAUCAUCUAGAUGAGGAAAAGAGAUUCAAAGAAUUAAAGAGACUGCAAGCUAAAGAAAAUGAGGAACUUCUUGAAUGCGGUUGUUGCUAUGACAAUGAAUGUUUCAUUGAGGAUAUGGCAUCCUGUCAGGAUGGUCAUCUUUUCUGCAAGGACUGUAUCAAAAGGUCAUCAGAGGUCGCCAUCGGAGACGGCCAGUGUGUCUUUCCUUGUUUCACAGAUAACUGUGAAUAUCAGUUCCCACUCUCAGUGCUACAGGAAGUCAUGUCCCAGAACAUGUUCUCCAUAUUGUUGAGAAGGAAGCAGGAAGAAGAAGUGAAACAGGCAGACAUACCUGACCUUAUCAGCUGUCCAUUCUGUAGCUUUGCCACCAUCAUCUCUAAUCCUGAUGAUAAAGUGUUCAAGUGUCUUAACCCAGAGUGUCUCAGAGAAUCCUGUAGACUCUGUAAGGAGCCUAAUCAUGUACCCCUUGCUUGUAACGAAAUAGAGAGACAAGGAGAAAGGAAUAUGAGGACGUAUAUAGAGCUGUGUGUGUCAGAAGCCAUGCUUCAUAAGUGCCACAACUGUCAGAAGAGGUUCUUUAAAGAGUACGGCUGUAAUAAGAUGACCUGUACAUGUGGCGCCUCCCAGUGUUACUUAUGCCGAAAACCUGUUGAGGAUUAUGACCACUUUGAUGAUGACGAUGAAGAGAUGUGCAGCCUGUAUUCCAAUCCACGUGAUCUCCACAUCGAAGAGAUGAGAAAAGCUGUUAUGGAUGGUCUUACGAAAUACAAAGAGGAGCACCCAGAGGCUGUCGACAUUACCCUCAAAUAUGAUGCUGCAAAACACAUAGAAGAAUUGGCCUCAGAGUUUAAGGAAGAUGAGGACUAUGAUCCGGACGGAGAUGACAGCGGAGGAGAUGACAAUAAUGGAUCUAAUCCGGAAUUAAGUUCAGACAAUGAUGAGAAUUGGAGGGACGAUGAGGAUAUGUGACGGAUGUUCAGCAUGCCAGUCGCAAUUCUGAAAGUUAAAACUGUUUAAAGUGAAAUUCACUAAUACGUUGUAUUUAGAAUCUUAGUUGUGAUACAUGAUGUGCCAUAUCAAAAUCAGUGUGGUUCUGAUGAAACUGUGAUAUCCUUGAGGCUGAUACUGGAAUCGUUCUCUCCUAUAUGUAUGUGUGGAUUUGCUCAGAAAGUACACUGGAACCUUAACCUUGUUAGGCCGGACGCUAGGACAAUGCCAGCAAUGAAAUACUGUAUACACAUGUAGCUAAUAAAUAAGAAGUAACUGUAGAAAGUUUGUUGAUUCCAUAAACAACUUAAUGUAACCAAGCAAAACACGCUCUUUACAAUAACUGAUCCCAAAAAUAGGACGUACAAUGUUCAUGACGAUGAAUGGUAAUGUAGGUGUAUUGUUCUUUAUCAUAUACCUGUUGAAUCUUGUUAUAGUAAUACAAGCAAAUUUUCAGACCAUGAAAUACA